AUGGCCGCGACGGCCACGGCCGUCCCCACGGCGGGCGCAAUCGCACGCAGCCCUCUGAGCCCGACUCCACAUGCCCUGGUGGGGUCUGCGCUUCAGAGAACGUGGCCAAGGGAGACUUCCGAGCAUCAUGGUGGUCUGGCCGUCCCCACCGGUCUUCUGGCCACAUGGGUGGCGUCACGCAUUAGCCGACAUCGUCGACGGACGCCAAGACAGUUCACCAAAAGCGAGAACCAUGACCCAAAGGAGGGUGUCAGCUUCGGCUUCGAUGCCACCCUGGGAAAGCGCUUCGCAGAGAUUGCUGAGCCAUACUUUGCCCCAGAAGGGGGGUUCGGCAUGCUGCUUGCGGCCAUGGUGGUGGGAGUGGUGUCGGCUGCAUUUCUGCUGUUCUUGGGCUUGCUGGCCGUUGUCAGCAACAUCCCCUUCUUGGCCGCUCUCGCACCAGCUCCAGGUGUGGCAGCCAAGCUGACUGAACUGGCGAUUCCGCCCUACAUAGGGGCCGCGGCUGCGGGGAUCACAGCUUCCAGCGCUUUAUUCCUCAGUCGUCGAGAAGAGCUCGCUGAUCGGUGGAAGCAGUGGGGCCUACUGGCGCUUUUGAUCUUCCUGCUCCUCUGCGUCACGGGCAUCAACGUUGUUGUCAGCUUCGUGUUUCGAUCUCUGGACAAUGUGCUCGUGGCCAAGAACGAGUCUGCCUUCUACACGCAGAUGCAACUCUUUGUUGUGGUUCUAGUGGUGGCUGUUCCCACGAUCGCCUUCUACCGUUUCGUGCGCCUGAGCCUGGCGAAUGCCUGGCGUCAAAACUUGAGCGUCAUGAUCCUGGAUGAAUACUUUGCUCACAGGGCCUACUAUCUGCUAGACUCCAACUCCACCGGUACCAAGAUCGAUAAUCCAGAUCAGCGUAUCUCAGAAGACAUAGAUGCCUUCACGAGUGAGACGCUGGGUUUCCUUCUCGACAUCCUGGGAUCAUUUUCCAACCUCCUCUCGUUCGCAGCAAUCCUCUGGACAACCUCAGAAGAGUUGACCUAUGCGCUGGUUGUGUAUGCCGUCCUUGGAACAGGGAUCGCUCUGUCUGUCGGCAGCACGCUUAUCGGAAUCAACUACAAGCAGCUGCAGCUACAAGCGGACUUCCGCUAUUCUCUGGUCCAUGUGCGCGACAAUGCCGAAGCCAUAGCCUUCUAUCAGGGCGAACAGAAGGAGAGCGACGUUGUCAAGGACAAGCUGAGAGCAGCUAUUCAGAACUACGACAAAGUCAUCAAGUGGACGACAGGCUUGACCUUCUACCAGAAGGUCUUCUUCUAUGUUGCCCGGCUGGUUCCGUACUUCGUCGUGGGUGGCCUUUACUUUGCUGGCAAGGUGGAUUUCGGCACUUUCGGACAAGUGUCCUUUGCAUUCUCCAUGGUCCUGAGUUCGGUUACCAUCAUCGUGAACCGAAUUCAGGACAUCAGCCGGUUCUCUGCGGGUGUGAACCGGUUGGGCAUGUUCUACGAGGCCAUCACCUUGUCCCGCAAGGAGUUCCUGGAAUCGUCUGGAGAUGAAAGGAUUGCAACUCACACUCAUAAUAGCGACAACGAGCAGAUCUCUUUGGAGAAGUUGACCAUUUGGACGCCAACUGGCAGAACGCUGGUGAAGGAUGUCAGCAUAACUCUGAGCAUGCCAACAGCCGCUGGAUCCAUGGAGCUGCCCAGCCGGCUCUUGGUCGUUGGCAGCAGCGGUGUCGGCAAAAGCAGCAUUCUUCGGGCCAUUGCCGGGCUCUGGACGCAAGGCCAGGGUAGCAUUCGUCGGCCUCAGAUGUCCGAAAUGUUCUUCCUCCCCCAGAAGCCAUAUAUGCCUCUGGGAGAUUUGCGCUCGCAGCUGCUCUAUCCUUCUGAGCCUGGAGAAGUCGCGGUGGAGGACGGGCUCCUUCGGGAGGUUCUGGGCAGAUUCGGUCUUGGAGAUCUACCCGAUAGGUUUGAGCAGGGAUUUGAAACUGUGGUGGACUGGACACGUGUGCUUUCGCUCGGGGAGCAGCAGCGACUGGCAGCAGCGCGCUGCCUCAUUGCGCAGCCGAGGAUGGUGGUCUUAGACGAAGCGACUUCUGCACUCCCGGUUCCAGACGAGAGAAACCUCUACAAGUCUCUGGAAGACCGUGGCAUAGGAUAUGUGUCAGUGGGUCACAGACCGAGCCUGGUUGAGUAUCACGAUCUGAUUCUGGAGCUGCGUGGCGAAGGUCAGUGGCGGAUCAUGAGUCCCAAAGACUACGAGGACUCGGUGAAUUUGGCUUCCCAGCCCAUGUCCAUGGCGCAGGGAUGA